AAAACCGCGUUAGUUGUUUGGCCGGAAAUUGAGCUGCCGAGCCGAAGAACUCCGCGCUCCCAAAAGCGUCACGCGAUCUCCACGUCGACCGCAGAGCCGGCGUCGUCACGUGAGCGGAGAAAGCGGGUUCAAUCCGAUGACCUGUCACAGGAAGGAGCUAAAAUGGAAAGCCGGUGAAAAGGAAAAAGAAAGGAGGUUAAUGGUGGAGCCACAAUGUCCACCAAGAGGUUGUAUAAUGAAGACUACAAUGAUUACAGUUCAACAGAUGUGACUCCCAAUGGCAGUUUCCCAGAUGGCUUGAGCAACUUUUCCAGUCCAUCUUCCUACCAACGAUUUGGACAAGCAAAUGGAACAACAUGGUACCAAACCUUAAUACAUCUCUUGAAAGGAAACAUCGGUACAGGCCUGUUAGGACUCCCGUUAGCAAUCAGAAAUGCUGGCAUUGUGGUGGGUCCCGUCUGCUUGCUUUUGAUUGGAAUCAUUGCAGUACAUUGUAUGGACAUCCUGGUUAAAUGUGCUCACCACUUCUGCCACAAGCAUCAAAAACCAUUUCUGGACUAUGGAGAUACUGUGAUGCAUGGGCUAGAAGCCAGCCCCUUUUCGUGGCUCAGAACUCAUUCUAUCUGGGGAAGGUACCUAGUGAGUUUUUUCUUAAUUCUUACUCAGCUGGGAUUCUGCUGUGUGUAUUUUGUAUUCCUUGCUGAUAAUUUCAGACAGGUAAUAUCUGCUGCCAAUGGUACCACCAAUGACUGCAGUGCCAAUGAAACUGCUCUGUUGGCUCCAACGUUGAGCUCUCAGUUAUAUAUCCUGUCCUUGUUACCAUUUGUCAUAUUGCUCGUCUUCAUCCAGAAUCUCAAGAUUCUCUCCAUUUUCUCCAUGGUGGCCAAUAUUCUGAUGAUCAGCAGUCUGAUAAUGAUAUACCAGUAUAUUGUCUGGGACAUUCCAAAUCCUGAUCAUCUGCCUUUAGUAGCUCCCUGGAAGACAAUACCUCUCUUUUUUGGUACAGCCAUCUUUGCCUAUGAAGGCAUUGGAGUGGUGCUCCCUCUAGAAAACAAAAUGAAGACCCCUCAGCACUUUCGCAUCAUCCUGUUUGUGGGAAUGGCAAUUGUCAGCGUCCUCUACCUCAGCUUGGGAACAAUAGGAUACUUGCGCUUUGGAGCUAACAUCCAGGCCAGCAUCACUCUCAAUCUGCCCAACUGUUGGUUGUACCAGUCUGUCAAGCUGCUCUACUCCGUUGGAAUCUUCUUCACUUAUGCUCUGCAGUUCUAUGUCCCUGCAGAAAUAAUAAUUCCUGGGGCUGUUUCCAGGGUUCCUGAACGCUGGAGAUUAUGUUGCAAACUGCUGCUGAGAGCAUCCCUAGUCUGUGUAACAUGUGCACUUGCAAUCCUGAUUCCUCGCCUGGACAUUGUCAUAGCUCUGGUAGGCUCAGUAAGCAGCAGUGCCCUAGCACUGAUCAUCCCGCCCAUCUUGGAGAUCUUCACCUAUUAUUCAGAAGGCAUGCACCCGCUCAUCAUCACCAAGGAUAUUCUCAUCAGCCUCCUUGGUUUAACUGGGUUUGUUGUGGGGACAUAUGAAUCCCUCUUGGAACUGAUUGUGCCAACUGUGUCCAAUGUCACCGCUGCUCUGCCAUGACACUGUAACCUGUUUCAUGCUGAAUCAUUGUCUGCAGUUUGGUUGGACCUUGAUUUCCUUCAUAGCAACUGUAGAAACGUGUUGCUCCUUCUUGCUUUCCAAAUCUAUUUAUUUUAUAGAUAAACAGAUAGGGCUUUGGUUAAAAAGAAGGGGCUCUUUUUAGUGCUCUUAUUUAUUUAUGCUCCUUUUUUGUAUGGGGUUAAUUUAAGAGACAUCAUAAAAACAAAAAAAUGUGUGCUCCAUUAUGAAUAUCCCUACCUGGAAGAAACUGAAUGUCUUGCAAGCAUCUUGCAUUUUAUUAGACUUCUGUACCUAGACCAGUGAAUGUGGGGAGAAUGAAGAAUCCUAAUGUUCCUCAAAGAUCAUUUUUAUGAAGUCCUUUGAGCAUCAUGUUACCAAUCCAUCUUUAUUUUCAUUGUUCAGGCUGUCAAUUUAGAAACUAUAUGUCUCAUUUCUAAUGUAAAUUCCUCCUUUUGGAUAUUUGCAUGGAAAGAGAUAUAUAGCUUGAGAAUGGUAGAAUAAGGAAUCAGGAACACAGAAUAAGGAAGAGCAAAUGAAACUUGGUGUGUAAUGUUAAAAACAGAUGCUGUAAGUUGAUGCUCCUGUCCCAUGAAGUUGUACGUCUAUUGGCAAUAACAGUGAAAACUAUAAGCAACGUCAAGCUAUAUAAACAGUAAUGCUCAGGCAACACCAAUUGGACUGCAUAUGAAAAGGGAAAUAAGGUUUAUAUUGCUAAAUCCAGCACCCUCUCAGUCUGAUUCUGUAGCAGAAUUGAUAUCAAAUUGCUCUGGGAGAAAGAUACAUGCACGAGAUGAACAUGGGAUGGAAAGGUGUUUUUAAAAGAAAGAAUUUUUAUUAUAGUUGUGUAUUUAUAGCAAAGAUAAGCAAUGGGAUAUCAUAAACCAAUUCUCUCUUGUAAGCUUUGCUAUAGUUGCUUCAAGAGUCAUUCACUAAGCAUAAAUUCUGAAAAACUGGAAAUGCUAUGCCCUGAAUGUCAUGGUUAUAAUCCAACAGUAAUGCAAUUCCAGUGUAAACAAGAAUAAUUUUACAUGAGUGUAUGUGUAUAUGGUAUAAGAAAACACAAGGGGAGUCAGAUGCAUAGUGGUAUCUUCUGAAUUUACUUCUGGAUCAUGGAAACACUUCGAGAGCUACCUAACAAUCAUAGCCCAUUAGUGCGUGUACAUAGGUUAAAUUCAUGGGUCCAACUUUCAUGCGGUUUCCUUCUUGCACAUGGGAAGAGGCCCUAAAAAGCUAGCCAAUCAUAAUAGAUAAGUAAAUUGAUUGAGCAAGCUCAUAAGGAUUCUUAUAUUAAAAGUGCUCUACACAUCCGGUUUUCUAUUAUUUUCACUGAUAAAAUUGCCCUUUUUCUCAGGAACAAAAGCAGAUACAGCCCAGAAAUAUGCCCAAGCUUGCUUUGACCAAAGCACUACCAUAUUUUGUGGGAAAUGUAAGUCAUUGCUCUGCUAAUUACCAAACCAUAAAAGAAAAUAACACUCCUAAGAAGGUCUUUGGAUUCCCAGUCAAGCUCAGAGUCUUCUGAGUCUGUGCAGAAGUGCAGCCUUAAUUAACAAAGCCAGUGAUAAAACUGAAUAGUUUACACAAAGAUUAUUUUAAAAUUUUUCUUCUUAAGAUUUCAGUUGCUUCAUGGCAUUAUCAAGUAUUUGAUACUACCAUUUCCACUUUCUAAAACCAUCAUACAUGUGGCUUCCAUUGUGGUUUCUUCUGUUUUUAUCCAGUUAGCCAAGGGGUCUGAAUUUGACUGUAAUCCUUAAAUUAUAAUUCAGAUGCAAUUUAACUGGGAGCUGUUCUUGCUCCCUGAAUUCAGUAGGGCUUAUUUCUGUUGGUUUAUGACUUAAAAAAGGAAGAUGGAAUGCAUACCAUCGUUUAUCUCUUCCAGUAAUCACGGUUAGGCUGUAUCUUUGAUUUUAUUUUUUCAUGAAUAGCCACCCAGGAGGAAGAUGGAAGUGAGGAAUUAUCACUCUUUAGCUACAGCACCCAAAUAUUUAUUUAACGUUUUAAAUAGAUACUGAACUGUAGGAUUUAUGAAUUAUUUUGGAAAGGUUAUGUAGACUGGUUUUAAAUAUAUCAUUUAAUGGUUUAUCUACUUUUUAUGCAUUGUUAUAUGGUUGAUGCAAUAAUUAGAUGAAUUGCCAGUUAGUUUUCUAUCCCCUUUCUCAUUCUUCUAAAACUACCGAUGUCUCAUUAACUCUGGGAUAUACUUCAGGUAUAUAUUUCUCUCCCUGUAUAGUAAAGCAUGUGAGAAAAUAGACAUAUUCAAUAUUCUGGUCUUGGCAACAUAAUGCUGAAAUCUAAAUUAAAAUUGCUUUAAAUUUUGCCAGUGAACCCAGGACACGAAGACACAAGAAGUUACCUGAGCAGAGUCCUGCAGUGUUAGUGCUAGGGCAAGUUUUUACAAAGGUUAACCAGAACCUUUGCACAAUUUUGAGCCAGAAUAGUCAAGAGAAAAUAAAAUCAACGUAAAGUGGCAAUGACACAUUUCUAACUUCUUUCUAAUGAAUUGGUAUUUUGACUUAGUAAUUAUUACAAACAGUAGAAUUGACAGGGUUACGCUUGUGCACUCUUGCUGUCUUAUCACUUGAUCUUGAACUGUUGUAAGUGAUUGUGUGAACACUAGCACAUCCAUUAUUUUACUGAAACAAAAGCAGAACGGAUGCAGAAAUUAGAAAAACAAGGAAACUUAAUGAAGUCUCAAAGAAACAUCAUAGAAUUUUAUACUAGCUUUUUAGCUCUGGAGUUACCCCACUUUUCAGAUUGCAAGUGCCAUAAGACCAGUUUUGUAGGUGUUCUUUUGUAGGUCAGAAUGGUAUUUUUAUUGGUUCGUAGAACUUCCCCUAUUUGAAAAGUCAGCCUUCCCAUAAUAUGGCACUGAUAGCAUUCUGCUAGCCCCUGGGUGUCCAAGGUGGGUAAGAGUUACAUUAUUCACAGCCCCUGCAUGAAAUGAAAGAGUUCCCUUAUUUGUCAGUAGAUGCCUUAAUGUCUCUGUAAUGGUUCUGUAAAACUUUGUAUUCUGACUGAACACUAUUUCAAGCAUUCUUCUCUGUCGGAAUAAUGCUUCUACUUGACUUCUAGGGAAUUAACUGUUUUUCCAGCCAGGAUUUUAGUGAAAAAAGUCUACAUCAAAAAUAGUACCAGAAUUACUGCUAAUUAUAUUCUAUAUCUUUGGCAUCAUGGCAGAUGGUCUUGUCUGGGUACGCUUGUUAAAAUUGCCUGCAUACAAUUAUUUCUGGAGAUUUGUGGCUUUUAGCGCUUCUUUUUUCCCCCGUUGGGAUAAUCUGUGCCCUAUUUGUAUUUUCCUGCAGGGCACAGAAAGAGGUGGUUUUGUAUUACUGAAUUCUCUAUUCACCUGCCCUUUAGUGUUUCCAGUAGUCCUCAGAGAAGGAUAAACUAGAUCAUUUGCCAUGUUCUGGGCAAUUACAUCUUGAGAGUUUUUAAAUCUGUUGUCUAGCUGUGUCUGUAAAGUAGUCUUCCUCAUCCAAGUCAUCCCCAGAUCUCCAGAAUUGGACCCAUAAUUCUCAGGAAGCAGUGUCAUACUGAGUUGGUAAUCAUGGGAUUUGAAGUAAACUUUUCUGAUGUCUCUCUCUGUAAGUUAUUUCUGUCACCCGGUCUAUUCUGUCUCUGUUAAUGGAUAAAAGGGCAUUUUAGUCUCAGUUAAGUUUGCUUAUUUUAAUUUUAUUUGUAAAAGAAGUGAUUGUACUUGUGAGGUUAGAUGUGUGCAAACUCCAAACACAGCUUGGGUCUUCCCCAAACUUCUAUGAUUACCAGAGCCCCCCAAAAUGACUUACAACAGAGGCCAAACUGAAAGUAUUGAGAUCUGUGCAUAGAUCUAUGAUGUAUUUUUGCCAAACUGCAACACUACAUAUUUUUGCUUCAGUGGAGACUACAUGAAAGCCCCCACUAGAAUGUUUGCACAGAGCCAGCCUUUGGGGAUAGUUUCCAAUUCCUCCAGGUUCCUCUUAAUCUACCACUUUGGGCCUUUGCCUUCAGUUAGCUAGAGGAGAAUAUAGAUGCAUUGCUGCUCCUGUUAAGGUAGUUUGGUGUCACAUAUUUAAGUAUGGUGCAGAAUCAAGCAAACAUAUUUUGGGUAACCUAAAUUUGGGAAAUGCACGCAAUUAUCCUCAAAUGUGUCUAUACGAGUGACUUUGAAGAUAGGAAACAGUGUAUGCUGGUGUGUCUGUCAAAUCAGUCAAUGUGUAUUUAUUUGUGCCUACAUGUGUGUACAGCAAGCCACUCUGUACACUGCGUAUACUCUGUAGGAGACCUAGGGUGAUGUGUAUGUGUGAUAACACUGUAACUGAAAGAUAUAUUUUCUGGCUACUUUAUUCAUUAAAGUCAGUUUUUUACUUUAUAAUAAGGCUCCACAGUGACUUUAUUUGAAAUUUUUCAGAUUGCUUAUAAUUCAUAAUACCUAAUGAAGAUUUGAAAAUAAAGCAAUAAUAAACAUG